AUGUCGGCAUCCAACAUCCGGGUAUUCGUACAAUGGAAGGACUCUACCGUGUUUGCCGGCGAAGAUAUCGAGUGUACCAUUACCUUCAAGAAUGUAGCCCUGCCUGAAGGCCGCAAUGGCACCCCAGCUACACGACACAACGGCUUUGCGACGGGCGGGGACCGUCAACGCAAGCUGCCCGUUCCGCCAGUUCACUCGUCGACAAGGCCCUCUGUGUCCCGCAAGUCUUCAUUCACCUCGCAGCUGCCACCUGCUCAUACCCGCGGACAUCGACCGGCGCUAUCCCUUCACACGCCAUCAACGCCUGGGGGACACCAGUCGCCUGCCACGCCGAGCGCAGCCCAAGCCAACAGCAGCACGGGAGGGCAGAAGCAUGGCAGAUCCGUGUCCAUCAUCUCCCUAGGCACAGAGGCCGCCACCGAAGCCAGCCACGAGAGAGGUAUACCCAUCAGACGGCCAGCCAGAGGGCAUGGGAGAUCAGCCAGUCUACAGGUCGUGCCGGGAAGACCGAAUUCGUAUCCAAUUACCUUGCCCGGCCACCGAUCAGCCACACACCCUUCUCCGCUCGCAGGCGACGCAACUUCGCCAAGCGCUCGUGACACCAGCGACUUCGCCUUUCCUGCGCAUCAAAACAGAAGACGGCCGGGUAUAACAACUACCCCAAGCACCCCAGCUCUCCCAACCCCCGGGAGGAAACCCUCAAACUCCUUCUCCAAGCACUUCAAAUUCCCCGCCGCACCGCCGCCGCCGGAAGACGCCUCACAUCCACCACUCAAUGGCAGUCCCACGAAGAAGCCGCUACAUACGCCGCGCAAUUCCCCACAGCCGCCCAUCGACAGCCAUCGCCCUUCAACCAGUGCCAACCUCGAGGUUCUCUCGCCCGUCGCCAGGAUAAUAUCUGGGUCAAGCAUGAUCGAAACUCCGCGUAGUAGUGGGGAGUUCUACUCGAUGAGCAACAAUUCCAAUGAGACCAUGGCUUCGGAAUACACGGCUCAUCCAUCAUCGCGACUAUUACAUCGGCCCCAGCACCAGCGACGGCCAUCACACCUGGUACCGACUAACAAGCAGGCUCAGCCAGAAUCUAUCAUGAUGGGCUACGCGCAGAUAAUGGGCACCUUUACACUAGAUGGGUCCUUGAUCAACCAAGCGCCUUUUGAAGAAGUGAAAAGGAAGGGCGUAUUGGGUGGUCAAGGUGGAGGCGGAGUUGUGGGCGUUGAGAAGACGAAGCGCGAAAGCGGUCUCUUCGGUGCGCUAGGUUGGGGCAGCAUAGGAGAGUCACUAGGCGGAUUCCUGGGCCCUUCAGAGCCAUCAAGUAUCCGAGAGAUGAGAGGCAUUGCCAGCUCCAAGACCGUUCCUCUCAUUUCUACCCCACAGUCUAUCUUGUUUGUGGACUUGAAACUCGCGCCUGGAGAAAGUCGCAGCUUUACAUACAGCUUUACCAUCCCCCGUGGUCUGCCCCCAUCGCACAAAGGACGCUCGAUGAAGGUAGCAUACAAUCUCACUAUUGGUACACAACGCGCAGGGUCAACUAGAGAGCAACAAGUGAAACAUGUGGAUAUUCCUUUCCGGGUCUUUGGCAGCGUGAACAAUCGGGGCGAGAUCCUUGGGCACGACUUGAUGUCUCCGUAUAUUCUACUUCGUGAUCAAGCACGAACGGCGGCUAUUGACCCCACAUCAACCGGGAACCUCUCUCCGACCAAAAAGGGUGCUCCUCGAGGGAAGGCCCAGGAGGAUACUUUCAGUGACUUUCUUGACUAUGUCAACAAUCUGCUAGAGCGGCCCCAGCAAAACACUAAUAUGGGCCUAAUGUCACCUACUGACACUCUCCCUGGCCGAUCCUCGUUUGCUGAAGAACCCCAGACUAUGAAGGAAGCCAUUGAUGCCGCCAUCUUGCGCAGCAACCUGACUGGUGCAGCAAACCAAAGCGCCAAUCGCUUCGAAAUCGCUCGCAGCGGCCGACGUGUGGCUGUCAUAAUGCUCGCUCGGCCCUCCUAUCGACUCGGCGAGACUAUGACUGCAGUCGUCGACUUUACCGAUUCGCACAUCCCGUGCUACUCAAUUCAUCUCUCACUCGAAACAUCCGAAAAAGUGGAUCCCGCAAUCGCACUGCGUUCCAAUGCCUCUAUCUACCGAGUUACAAAGAAAGUCCACGCAUCAUUCUCAGAAAACGCACUCUUUGCCCAGAAACUCGCUUUCUCGCCCACCAUACCCCCCAACGCAACACCAGAAUUCAUCACAUCUGGUGUAAGCCUCGAGUGGAAACUCCGCAUCGAAUUCAUCACCCCACGCCUGACACACGAAAAUGGCGAAGAAGCAACAUGGGAUGAUCUCCUAGAAGAAAUAUCUACUGAUGACCGCGGCGUUAUACUAGCUGCUGCACAACGAUUACCAGCUGAAAGCUUCGAAGUCCAGGUCCCGAUACGGGUAUACGGUGCUGUGAGUGGAGCACCGGAAGCGCCUGAUGAACAGGGAUACCCGGUUUGA